AUGGACGGAGUACGAACUGAUGGUGGAGGUGCUGGAGGAGUUGCGGGAGAUGCAGGACAAGAACCUGCUGAAGGAGCUGGAAGCACUAAGGCAAAUAGAAUUAAGGCAGACUAUGGCACCUUUGGUCAGGUGUUGUACCACGUGGUGUCUUUCACUGAGGGUUACGAGCAGCAGGUUUUGUACUUGUGCAUGCGGAUCUUCGAGUCAACUAUGAGCUUCACCAAGAGUCAACGGACAAUGCUGAUGGCCGUAUCGAUCAUGUCGCGGUUGUGCUUCUCGCUCGUUUGGGGGCUGCUGGCGGACGCGUUUGAGACUAACCUGGUGAUGGCUGCUGGGCUAUUAUUCAUGGGUAUCGCCUCGAUCCUGCUAAGCUCCACGUCACGCUUCUCGUCGCAAAAGAUUAUCUCAGACGAAGAUGAUGAGCAGAGCGGCAACAGCAGCACGUUUACCCGUAUUCAUGCGCUGAAUUGCAUCGGCCGUAUGCUGUGUGCCGCAAUAACCACGGAGGCUGCUCAAAACAUCUUGCUGGGAUUUAUCGGCUGGCGCGUCUCAUAUAUCGUGUUAGGCUACUUGUGGAUUUCGGUUGGCAUCGCUAUUGUAUUUGCAAUGCACACUGAAAAAGUACUAACCACUCCCUACGGGUCCAUGGAUAAAUUCAUCAACCAAAUAUCCGGCUCUUUUAAAGCGGUUUUUACAAAUUGGUCUGCGUUUCUGUGUAUAUUUACGAUGUUGAUUGCGGAGGCUCCGAUGUGCACUUUGCCGUACAUGAUCACCUACUUGGAGUAUCUAGGUGUGUCUGACCUGAAAGUGGGCAUUGCGAUUUUGGUCACAACGAUCGGCGGCGCAGCAGGAACUGCGGCUGGAGGUAUCGUCAUUGAAAGAAUUACAAGCAUGCAUAAGGAUUAUGGUGAGCUGAUUGCCGGUAUCGUUGUGAUGGGUGUGCGACUAAUCGUUUGUGUGUUGUUUUUCGUGUCGCCGGCUCCAGACGGACGUCUGAUGUGGUAUCACUACAUCGAGUUUGCGGUUCUCGGGGCUACUUUGGUAACGGUUGGCGGCGUGGAUAGACCCAUUAUGAGGAAAGUAAUUCCGGACAAGUACCAGGCUAGCGCCUCGGCCAUUAUCCAGUGCAUAUCGGGUAUCUCGGUUAGCGUGAGUUUCGUGGAGAUCUUCGCAUACGUGUCAGAGAAGCUGCAUGGUUACGCCCCGUCAACACAGGCAAUUGAUGACAUGGAAAAGGGUCUCAAAGAUAAUAACACAGAGGCUUUGAGGAAGUCGACCAUGUAUAUGAUCGUGGUAGGAUCAUUGCUUAACAUUGCCUGCUAUGGUGCGCUGUUUGCCACAUAUGAGGAGGAUAAGAAGGCUGUUGAGGAGCAAAAUGUGAAAGUGUGGGAGGAAAGGAAGGAAAUACAGGUAAAAAGGGAAGCGUUGAAGAGAAAUGCAGAAGAAGUUGAAAUAAAGACACCGCUACCAGAGGAGCCAAAAGAAGUGGCAAUGAGACAAAAAGAUGAGCCAGUGCCACCGCCACUACCACCGCCAGUUCCAGAGCCACAAGGUCGAGUUAUGGAAGUGGCUGUGCAAGCUACAGAGGAAGGCGUAGUGGAUCCAUAUCCCAUGGCAGUUAUAACGUCGGAAUCAGAAGCAAAUUAUACCAGGGAUAACAAUAGACACAUGGACAAACCUGACUUCGACACAGCAGAACAGGUACACGAAUACUUGAAAACGGCAACUCAAAGUUGGAAACAAAAGUAA